AUGUUUAACCCACACAUAUUAGAUUGUCCGGCGGUGAUUUUUGACAAUGGGUCUGGACUCUGCAAAGCUGGGCUAUCUGGGGAGAUCGGGCCCCGCCAUGUUAUCAGCUCCAUCGUGGGACACCCGAAAUGUAAGAUGCCCUCCACAGGAGCCAAUCAGAAGAAGUACUUUGUUGGGGAGGAAGCCCUGUACAAGCAUGAGGUCUUGCAUCUGCACUCGCCCAUUGAGCGUGGCCUGAUCACGGGCUGGGACGAUAUGGAGAAACUCUGGAGACACCUGUUUGAGUGGGAGCUGGGCGUGAAGGCCAGUGACCGGCCAGUGCUCAUGACUGAGUCCUCCUUGAACCCGAGGGAGAACCGAGAGAAGACUGCUCAAAUGAUGUUUGAGAGCUUCGAUGUACCUGCCUUCUAUUUGUCGGACCAGGCUGUGCUGGCGCUCUACGCCUCAGCCUGUGUCACAGGCCUAGUGGUGGACAGUGGGGACGGGGUCACCCGCACUGUCCCCAUCUUUGAGGGCUACUCCCUGCCUCACGCGGUCACCAAGCUCUAUGUGGCAGGCAGGGACAUUACAGAGCUCCUCACUCGGCUCCUCCUGGCCAGCGGGAGGACCUUCCCGUGCCCACUGGACAAGGCCCUAGUGGAUGACAUCAAGGAGAAGCUGUGCUAUGUGGCUUUGGAGCCCGAGAAGGAGCUUUCCCGGCGGGAAGAGGAAGUCCUGAGGGAGUACAAGCUGCCUGAUGGGAAUGUCAUCUACAUUGGGGACCAGCUGUACCAGGCACCCGAGGCCCUGUUCUCACCCGAGCAGAUGGGCACCCAAAACCCUGGGCUGGCGAAGAUGGUGUCCACCAGCAUUACCAAGUGUGAUGCCGACAUCCAGAAGACGCUCUUUGGGGAGAUUGUGCUGUCUGGGGGCACCACGCUGUUCCAGGGGCUUGACGACCGGCUGCUGAGAGAACUGGAACAGUUGGCUUCCAAAGGGACCCCUAUCAAGAUCACCGCGCCCCCUGACCGCUGGUUCUCCACAUGGAUUGGAGCCUCCAUUGUUACGUCUCUGAGCAGCUUCAAGCAGAUGUGGGUCACCGCUGCAGACUUCAAGGAGUUUGGGACAUCCGUGGUCCAGAGAAGAUGCUUCUAA